AUGGAGACAGCUGCGCUGGUGGCGCCCGCCGUCACGCCGCCCAUCGCCGCGCCGAACCUGUCUCUGCCCGUCGCCGCCGGCUUCCUCGCCGCCGUCGCUUUCCAUGUCGAGGUAAGAACACUGCGUGGGAUCUUCCAAUUUAUCAAAAAAAGAGCAUUUUUUAUCGACAUGCGUAUGAAAGUAGUAUACUAGUUAAUUAAGUAGGGGGGUUUCCGCAAAAGGUACCUGUGGGCACCCAGUCGUUAUGGGGUGGGGUCCCCGGCAUUCGUUCGGAUCCCAAAAUAGACAACAAUUUGAUUUACAGAAGCUUUGAGUUCCGGUGGUCCCGGAGUUAGUAAUAUCCAAAUCUAGGGAUGGAUUCGGCGAUCAGGCGUCGACGUGCGGACCGUGUGUCCGGAGUCAACCUGGGCUAUUAUUCAAAUAUAACCUCUUUAAGGGGUCUAUUUGUAAACGUGCAUUCAUCCCUGCUCUCUCGCCUAAGCACUCUUCUUGGUCUCCCCGCCGACGAGACGGUCGACGAUGGGAAGUGAGAAAGAUAUAAUUUUGACCACUAAUUAAGUGGCUAUGUAUUCCCUCAGGACCUGAUCGGAGUGCUGCUAAUGGGCGGCGGCGCAGAUCCCCGAGGAGCGCGGGGGAAGACCCAGCCGGAGGCCUCCGACGCGGAGAGCGACGGCGACGGCGACGGUGAUGGCGACGGCAGCGAGGGGGAUGCCGCAGAAAGCGAGCAGGAUGAUGAGCAGGAGGCGGGCUGGAAUGAGAACGCCGACAACGGCAAGAAGACGCCGGAUGGAGACGCCGGAGGAGAGGAGAACGGGGAGGAGGGGGAAGCAGUUGACGGCCAGAGAGAGGGGAAUGAAGACGAUGGCGACGACGACGACGAUGACGACGAUAACGACGAUGGAGAUGAGGAGGAGGAGGUAGUCGAAGGUGAGGAGGAGGAAGAAGAAGAAGAUGGGCCAGAGGAGGAUGAGGAAGAGGAGGAAGAAGAGGACGAGGAUGAGGCUGUGCAGCCCCCGAAGAAAAGGAAGAAGUGA